AUGCAUCCAUAUUAUGAGGAUAGUAAUCCCCAUUUGGCUUUCCGUCCCAGAACUCAACCCAUGGACAGAACCAUGAAAUUACGUAGAGGUAAUGCCUAAAACACAAGAGGAGUGAAUGAGAUGGAAAAUUUGGGUUAGAAGAUAGUGUUGUUGAAAAAGGAUCUUUUGACUGUCUCAAAUAUAAUAGAUUAGAGUAUUCAGAGAGAAAAAGCAAUGGAAAUUGAGAGGAGAUUGAGCUUUUGCAAAUUCAUCAAAGAAUUCUUCGAGUCUUCUAAAAAAGAGAAGGAUAAUAAUGCUGAAAUUAGAUUAUGGCCUAAAGACUGUUUUGUUAGAGAAUGUUUAGAUAAGUGUUCGAUUAACAUCGUAGAAAGAGCAGAUGAGAUGUUUGAUAACAUUUCAAAAGAAAUUCUGUAAUGGAGAGAGUUGAAUGAAUAACAAAAAAAAGAGAAAUAGCGAAAGGAGGAUUAGAUACUCAGAUUUGAAAAAUAAAUCGAAGAUCUAAUUACAGAAAAACUGAAAUUCGAAGAAAAACCACCUGUCAUUGUACCCCCAGUAAUCCCAUAACCCAUUCAACCAUAAUAAUAGCCUUAAAUCCCUGUCAUUCCCUAAGAACCACCAGAUGAGAAGAUGGAGAGUGUAGCCAGAUUCUUGGCAACUCUGUACUUAGAAGCAAGAAAAUACCAAUUAACCUUUGAUUAAGUGUUAUCGGAUUCUUUUCCCAUUUAUAAGAUAUAGAAUCCUCAGCAAUAAGUGAAUUCUAAAAGCAUUUUCCCUUUUUCUUUAAUGCAAAUCGAAGGGAACGACAUUGUGUACAAAGUGAGAAAGGACAGUUGUUUGGAAAGGAAGACUACUGCUUAUUGGGAGAGCUAUUAAGAUCAGCAAUUAACGAGUACCUUAUAUUAUUAGCACCAAUAUUUCAAGGAGAAAGUGAAUGACAUAAUGGAGAUGGCAGACAUGGAUCAGAUGGUUUAUGCUCAAGGAGUGGAUGAUGACAAAUUGGAUGAGGAGGAGAAGUUAUUCAAGAAGAAGGUGAAGAGUGGUUCAACGAGAUUAACAGGUUCAAAUGGGGCACAAUUAAAGUGA